CACACACACACACACACACACACACACACAGCUUCACAACUGGCAGAGGAAAAAAAAAAAAAGAAAAAGCUCAGACAUGGAUGACCCACUCACAAAAUGGCUCCACUUACACAGUAACAUCAACAACACGGCUGCAACGGACAUUGUGGGGCUGUAAAACGGGUCACGGUUCGAAAAUGAUGGAAAAACGGGAGCAGGAGCUUUGCCCUGGAAGUCCCGACGCAGGAUCCGGUCCUGGAAAGCAAGAAGACUCGGCCAUCAUCUCCAGACACAACGGAUACGAGGAGGACGAGGAGCCGCGGAGGGAAAGGGGGGAGGAUGGCAACGAGGGGGUGAAGGAGGAGGAGGAUGAGGAGGAGGAGGAGGCAGAUGAGAAGGAGAGGGGAGGGAGCUUCAAAGGGGCUGAGGAGACGGAUGACGUUCCGCUGCAGAACUCGAGCAACGGGACCAGCAUCAGCAUCAUCAUCAACGGCGUUGCCAGGGAAACUGCCUCUCUUAACGCCCUUGACCUGAAAAGGGAAGUGCCGGUGAUCGAGCUCUCCAGGAGGGACGCUAUAAAAGCGCUGGAGCAGAGGACGGAGAGCCAUUUGGUGCCGAUCACGGAACUUCGCAGACCCCCACCGCUGCCGCUUCCGCCGCCGCACCGAGACAACGCUCGAAUGGUCCAGCUGAGCCCAAACGCGUUCCCUGUCCCGGCCCGGGCGAUGCUCUACAACCUGGCGCAGCCUCUCGCCGCCAUCAACAGUCUUGGAGGAGAGUCAGAGCAGUACAGCAUGUACCCCAGCAACAGGGUAAAGCGCCGCCCGGCGCCUUAUGAGGUUGAACUCGACGAGGGUAGGCGCAUUUUAGAUCUUUAUAAGUAUGCUGGCCAGCCGAAGAUUGUGCGUCGCAUCUUCACCAACAGCCGCGAGCGUUGGCGGCAGCAGAAUGUAAACGGUGCAUUCGCCGAGCUCCGCAAACUCAUCCCCACUCACCCGCCGGACAAGAAGCUGAGCAAAAACGAGAUCCUCAGACUCGCUAUGAAGUACAUCAGCUUCCUCUCCAACCUCCUGGAGGACCAGGACGGCGGGCGGAACGUUGGCGGCGCGACGGACGGGGACACCGGGCUGCUGGUUGGCGUUCCGACCCACGAGGGAGGCCCUCAGGGCGCGCCGCACCAGGAGACUGUAGUGGGCCUGGCAAGGGAUGAUCUUCUGGAGACAAUGUCACCAGGCUCCAGCUGUGGCAGCCUCCCCGACGGCGAUGCUGAGGGGAGUCCCGAGAGCUUCAUGGAGGACCAGGACUCACCUCCAGCUACGAGGACUCUAACAGCCUCCCGCGGACCCUCACUGCACCUAGCGGCCAGGGAUCUGAGGCGCAACGGACGUCCAUUAGAUGGUUCCACUCGACGAUGAUGCUGGCACCAGGGGAACACCGAUGUGGCGUCAGUAGACUAAGCAAAAGCAAACACAGAUCAUUUGAAAAGUGGAUGUCUUCAAAACCCUUCAUCUUGGAGUUCUCAUUUUAGGAAGAAUGAUCUCACACGUAGGGAGAGGGCGACCCUGCAACCUGAGACAAUACACCUAAAUAUUGUGGUUGAAUUUGAUCCAGCGAAAGACUUGUAAAUUCUGCAUGCGCCCCGUUUCCUGAACAACCUGCAGACCAUACGUUUCUACAUGUUGAAAGCUCCAAAGACGCUCUGUGAAAUCAAACCAGAGGGUGAGGGGUGGGGAGGGGAUACGAAAGCAUCUCAAAUCAAACGCUCAUCACUUAGAGGAUUUUCAGUGUCAGGAGUCCAUUUAGUGCUAAACCUACAAUCACCAUUGAUUACACAGUGGUGCAGAUAGUAUGGAUCCGCUUGGCUUUAACAGUUCUGCAGGGGACCUGAUCUAGAAUGCCAAGAAAUAAACCAUAAGAUUCAAAACGGAAGGGGUUUUAAUGGGAUAGAAUAAUAAUAAUAAUAAAGCAAACGCUUGCUGGAGGCUGUUAAACACAGUGAACGGACGGGACUCUGACGCAGUUACGUAUGUAUUGUAAAUAGUAUUAUAUUUCCACUGCACAGCUUAAUAACAGGGACUUUCCAAGUCCUGAGGUUUCAGAUGUACCAUAGCGUGCUUGUCCGUGGGUUUACCAUCAAAACCUCUCCGUAAAGAGACAGGAUUUGAGAAGAGGGAAUAAAAGGAAUUCAACUCUUAAGUGUAACACUAUACCAAGUGAACAUGUGGAUGAAAGUGCAUUAAAUGUGGUACCACUUCAGUCACACUCGGUGAUUCGAAAAUUCUGCCAAAUAUUUCACUGGGCGCUCAAACAAUUACACUGUGUGUGAUGCAAAGCACAUGUGUUUGAAAUUGUUGUGGAGGUACAAUAUGGACAGUGCUCUUAAAGUGUACAAAACAUGAGUCAGAUGAAGUCUUGAGACGACUCAUGAAGUCCUUUUGAUAUGAAUGUUUUGAUGUUUUUUUUUUUUUAAACUAUAAUGCAAAUGUAGUUUAGCAAGGUACACAAAUAAGUCCCUUUGUUUCCGCAUUAGGCGUGUAAAUGCACACUCGCACCACAGCUACCCCACCACCACCACCAUCUCUUUGCAGUAUGGAUGUUAUAAGAACACCAGCAGUUUUCUGGAAGUUAAGUAUUAAUCACUCUUGUUGGUUAUUCUGCUUUUGUAGCAGAGCCUGGUAGCUUAUCUUGGUACCUUUGGUAUUUUAUGAAUUACAGUAAAGGGACGUUGUACGUUUGGUAAUGACAUAUUUGUUGUAUGAUAGCUGUAUCUAUAAAUAUAUACAAUGUUAAAGGGAUGGAUUUUAUACAAAAAAAACAGAAUAAAAUAUGCAGCAGAAAAGUUGA